AUGCCAUCAUCACCACUGCCAACGUCCGAACCCAGGAACCUGACCUGGCAACAAGAGCUACUGACACAGUCGUGGAAGGCGGACCGCAAGAAGGCGAAACCCAAGCCUAAGAAGAAGGACACACCACCGGCCAAGAAAGUCGAACCGGUAUCUACGGGCCUCACCUGGCAACAGGAGCUGUUUCAGCAGGGUAAGCGUCCAGGCGCCACCUUUGAUCAUGCAGAGACGGCUAGGGACGUCGAGACCUUUGGCGCCGCGAUCUCCCAGCCCAAGCAGCCGCCGGCCCAGCCGCCCAAGCCCCAGAAGAAUAAGAAUGCGCCCAAGAAAAGCAAGUCUACCAAGCCGCCUGAGACGCCUUCCAAGACAUCUUCCGGUACGCCACUGGCGUAUGCGGCGCCUGGCUUCCAUAAUUCGCCCUCCGCUGCGAGUCUUCCCGCGCCGCGCUUUUUGAGUCGCGCCAAAGAGGCGCCUCGCGCCCCUGCCGAAGGUGCGCCAGCGUCAGCUGCGACGCGUCCAGCGCAGCCAGAGACGGUGGAUCAUUUGCUGACGCAGAUCCUCCAUGCCACGUCGAUACAGUCGGGGCCCACAGCUGCCAAGUCUUGA